AUGGGACAAGAGGCUGUUGUACAUGUGAUCUGCAAGUCUCCACCCAGAGAAUUGUCAGCAAGAAGCGACUCCUCAUUUGUACCACCUGUAGCAGGCAAAGAGGUAGUUAUCGUCACUGAAGACAUGCCAUCGACGAGCAACUCACCAUCAGGACAGGAGACUGGCCAAUCAAAAAACAUGUGUCCUGACUCUACGGGCAUCGACUCGGUCAAAGAUGAUCGCAAGGCUGGCGGCGGGAAGGUAGGAAGCGGUUCCAAGAAGAAGAUGUGCGAAGACAGCGAGGAGUACAAGCGCCGCAGGGAGCGCAACAAUGAGGCAGUGAGGAAAAGUCGGCUGAAGAGCCGGCAAAAGGCCAGCGAGACGGAGAUGCUGACGGAGCUGAAGAAGGAGAAUGCAGACCUGGAGCAGAGGGUCACCUUGCUCCACAAGGAGCUGGAGCUACUGAAGGACCUGUUCCUGACUCAUGCUAAUGAGCUCCCAGAUCCUAGUACCACCUUUGGGCUCUUCAGUGCUAACCCAAACCUGGGGUCCAGUUCUCCUAACCCAGCCCUCUCUCGUGUUGUCCUUAAAACUGAUACUGUGACUGUGUCCUUGUCCUGUAAGAAUGUCCCAGAGAGCAUCACUACCACAACAUGACCUACAUUUGACCUUUUGCCAACAAGGUAGUAAAAUUUGUGUAAAUAAUAGUGGUUACAUUUAUCCAUUGGAUCCAUUUUUAAGAAAGGCUUGUAGUGCUAAGCACUUUUAAUAGAUUAACAUUGCAUGUAUUAUGUCGUAUUUGCUUUUGGGAAGUCAAAUCACUUCACUGUGAUUUACAUUGUUGCUGAAUAUUGUUAGAAAUUGCAAAUAUUAAAGAGCUUGAGAUGGGUGAAAUUUUUCAAUUUUGCUAAAUUUGUACAAAACAGUGAUGUGUACAUCAACUUUCAUAUGAAAAUAAAGCGAUGGCAUCACACGUUCACUUUUUCUAGAAUAAGAAAAAAAAAUAUUUUAGAUAUUUCACUUUUUCCUAUCGUAAAAUCUGGUUUGGUCACUCGUAUAAUCAUCAUUAUCUUAAUUUAUUGUGAUGUGGUGGAGGUAUUUAGCUAUCAAAUCUAUAAGAUUUGAUAUUUUUUAUGUAAAUGGGAUGACAUCACUUUGACAUCGUUCCCUUUUUUUGCAUAAUGACUGGAAUAUAUAUGUACAUGUACAUAAUUGUUCCAUGAAAAUAAGCAGUAUAAAAAAAGGUCAUAGUUUUGUGAUGUUGCAUCCUUUCAUUAUGAUAUCUUCAGUUCUAUGCUUGUCUGAUUUUAUCUACAUGUACAUGUAUUUGUUUUCAGUUUGUUGUUAAGGAGAACUUGUUGUUUAUUGGUAAAUAUGAUGUCGGUGGAAGCUAAUGAAAGACAGAAUGGUAAAAGGAAAAGUAUUCUGAGGACCCUAUCAACUCAAUAAUAACCAAUUUUAUAUAAAGUUGUGUUAAGUCAGGAAGCAUGGAUCUUGUUUAGUAGCUCAAUUCAUGUACUGUUAUUUAAUUUAAAGUAUCAUCCACAUGAUCGAUAGAAGUCAACUCCUUUGGGGUUUAACGCCAAACCAAUCAUGCUGAUAGUCCUUAAAUAGGAGAAGUUCAUAAUUCAAGAGAGCUUUCUUUUGUUCAAUUACCAUGAUCUGUAAUUGGCAUAUUGUCUGAUCUGGCACACCUUUUUUCUGCAAAACUGGCAUUAUUUUCUGGUAAUUUGGCUACCUAAGUUUAAGCCAUGAUAUUUUGUUUACAAAAAAAUGCCUUGUGGCCCCUGCAGUUUGGGGGGGGGGGGGCUUGAAAAUCUGUAUUACAGGCAAGCUCUCCUACUGGAGGUGUCAGCCAUGUAUCAGGUGUUCUGAUAUAGGCCCUUGGGUUUUAGUCAUACUGUCUACUUGUGAUAUUUAACAAAAUCGUUAAUUUUUGUAAAAUUUGCAAUUCCCUUAAUUUUUUUCAUAAGAGAAUUUUUUGAAAGAUUUUGGAAAUAUUAGUUUUCAGAGUAUGGUAAGUCAACAUUUUUUUUCUCUCUACAACAUAGUUUACAAGACUACAUCAUAUUGCAUUCUAGGUUAUCAACAAUUGACUACAUAUGUAUUUCAGUAAUUUAGGAAAUUGAGCUGAUGCUAUUGGAAGUGAUGGUUAUAAUUAAUAUUUGGACAAUAAAAAUUAGAAUAAUCUUCAUUUUUUUGCUUGCACACCUGUCUGUCCGCCAUCAUCUUGUUCAUGUUUAUGUAUAUAGAAAGAAAGACCCUGUCACACUCUGCUGUUUAACUAUAUUGGACUUUCUAAUUUCUUCUGCUGGGAUACAGAAGUACUUGACAGAUUGCUCUAGCUUUCAACGUGUUCAAAUUUGAAUUUUUUGUUUUAUGUUAGUGUCAGCAUAUAAUGUGCUGGUCAAUAUUCAGUGUCUGAGACACAUAAUUGUAAAAUGGCAGUUUGUGACACUGUCUUAAAGUUAGAUGAUAA